GAAAUAGAAAGUUGUAGUUCAGAGUCCAAGACUGCUGCUAUUAUCGAGUCGCCACUUACAUACUUUUCUUUGCAGAUACACCAUUUCUCAGCUGCAUCCUUUUUAUAUCAACUGUAACCAUGGAGCUGAACAGCAGUGUGACUGAAUUCAUUCUGUUUGGGUUAACACAGAAUGUUCUGAAGGAGAAAUUUAUGUUUGUGGUCUUCUUGUUUCUCUACCUUGCAACUUUGUUGGCAAACUUACUUAUUGUGAUGACCAUCAGAUACAGUCAGAUGUUAGGUGGCCCCAUGUACUUCUUCCUUUUCUACCUGUCCUUUGCUGAUGCCUGCUACUCAACAACCACAGCUCCCAGGUUGAUUAUAGAUGCUGUAUCUAAGAAGAAAGUCAUCUCCUACAAUGAGUGCAUGACUCAGACUUUUGCUGCCCAUUUUUUUGGGUGCAUGGAGAUCUUUGUGCUAGUACUCAUGUCCUUUGAUCGCUAUGUGGCCAUUUGCAAGCCCCUGCGAUACACGACCAUCAUGAGCCAGCGUGUCUGUGGUGCAUUGUUGAAGCUGUCCUGGGUGGGAUCUUGCAUCCAUUCAUUAGUACAGGUUUUCUUGGUUUUGAAAUUACCCUUCUGUGGCCCCAAUGUUAUUGACCACUAUUUCUGUGAUAUACAACCUUUGUUGAAACUUGCCUGCAUGGAUACUUAUAUCAUAAAUCUACUCAUAGUGUUUAAUAGUGGGGCCAUAUGCAUGGUGAGUUUCAUAAUACUGGUCAUCUCCUAUAUUCUCAUUUUACACUCUCUGAGUAACAAGAGUGCAGAAGGAAGAAAGAAAGCCCUUUCUACCUGCACCUCCCACAUUAUUGUUGUCAUCUUAUUCUUUGUUCCAUGUAUAUUCACAUAUGCUCGCCCUCCAAUCACUUUUCCAGUGGACAAGAUGGUGGCUGUGUUUUACACUAUUGGGACACCCUUGCUUAACCCUCUGAUAUACUCUCUGAGGAGCACAGAUAUAAAAAAUGCCAUGAGAAAGUUGUGGUGCAACAAACUGUGA